UAUAACACAAUCUAGAACCUUGUCAAGACUAUUUGUAUGAAGUCUGAUAAUUUGUUCAAAACUUAACAAAAAUGUUUUAUCUCAAUUUGGCUGUGCUGUUGCUAUGUGUCGGUGCAGUGACACUCUUCAAGGUUGAAUCCAAUCCAAAAGCCAUUCCGACCAUACGGUUGAGUGAUGGUUACGAAAUACCUGCAAUUGGAUUGGGUACAGCAAGAGCUAAAGAAAAUGACUGCGAGCAAGCUGUCAAAGAUGCCAUUGAUGCUGGAUAUCGUCACAUAGACACAGCGUUUGUUUAUGAAAAUGAAAAAGAAGUUGGUAAUGGAGUACGUGCAAAAAUUGAUGAAGGAGUGAUCAAGAGGGAAGAUAUUUUCAUCACUACAAAGUUGUGGAAUACAUUCCACGAUCCAGCCGACGUUCCACUUGCAUUCCAGAAAUCGUUUGAUAAUCUGAAUCUGACUUACAUCGAUCUCUAUCUACUGCACUGGCCGAUGGCCAAUGCCAAAAUCAACAAAGACGGUUCGAACACACCACCAAAAGAUAUUGAGGAUGUGAACAUUCAUCCAAUGUUGGACAAUGGAACGUAUGUCGAAGCUGAUAUUGACUAUUUGGAUACAUGGGGUGCCAUGGAAAAGCUAAUGGCCAAUUAUAAAAUCCGUAGCAUUGGCAUUUCGAAUUUCAACAGUCAACAGAUCGACCGUUUAUUGUCUGUGGCAACAAUAAAACCAGUUGUGAAUCAAGUGGAAUGUCAUGUUAAUCUCAAUCAGCAUAAAUUGCUAAAAUUUUGUGCCUCACGUAAUAUCACCGUAACAGCGUAUUCACCGCUGGGUCGACCGAAUGACAUGGGUCGAGCUAAUGUAGCAAAUAAUUAUCCGAAAGUAUCCGAAAUUGCAGCAGCUCAUAACAAAUUGCCGAAUCAAGUUAUCCUACGAUAUACGUACCAAAAUGGAGCCAUUGUCAUUCCGAAAUCGACGAACAAAGACCGCAUCAAGAGUAACAUUGACAUUUUCGAUUUUGAAUUGAGCCAAAGGGAAAUGGAAAUUAUCGACAGUCUCAACACCAAUGAUCGUUUGAUCAGCUUCAACGAAUCCAUUUAUGAUAAAAACUACCCGUUUGGAAUUGAAAUUGAAUUUUAAAGUUUUUAUAAUUGGAAAUUGUGGAAAUAAACCAUGG